CGCAGGCGCCGCCCCGCGGUGACGCGCUCGGUGACGGGGCGGCGCUCGCAGUUGUGCCGCUGCCGCCGCGCAGAGCAGCCGCCGGGCCCGAGGCCGAGCCGCCGCCAUGCCCUCGGAGAAGAGCUUCAAGCAGCGCCGCACCUUCGAGCAAAGAGUGGAAGAUGUACGACUGAUUCGAGAUCAGCAUCCAACUAAAAUACCAGUGAUCAUUGAAAGGUACAAGGGGGAGAAGCAGCUUCCAGUUUUGGAUAAGACCAAGUUUCUGGUGCCAGAUCAUGUCAACAUGAGUGAGCUGAUCAAAAUUAUCAGGCGACGUCUGCAGCUGAACUCCAACCAGGCCUUCUUCCUCCUGGUGAACGGACACAGCAUGGUGAGCGUUUCCACGCCCAUAUCCGAGGUGUACGAGAGCGAGAAGGAUGAGGAUGGGUUCCUGUACAUGGUGUACGCCUCUCAGGAGACUUUUGGAGUGCAAUCUUCUGUCUAAGACGCAAGCGGCUGCUAGCCUAGGAUUUUGGUUUACCCUUGGCCAUCACCCCCACUCUUCCCCACACACCCCAGGGAAAGAAACGGAUGUCACCUGUGCUCUCGGUCCCUUAGCAUAGUCUUGCUUUAGCAGGUGUCUCAUCUUACCUUGCCUUGUUUGUGACUAUUAACAGUACAGACGAGCACCUCCAGCUUUGAAACCUGCUGUAAUAUCCCACACAGGCACAUUUUCAUUUCUGAACUUUAUGAAUGGAACCCAAUUGUGCAUGUGAUGAUUGCAAAUAAAGGGACACUCGAUUGACUUUUAACAAGCGAACAGGCACCCAGGAGGAGCUAAUGUGUUUCGUGUGACAGUUUUCUGGAAAAUCUCCCUAGGAUUCCUUAAAGCCUCUUUUUUUCUUUUUUUUUUUUUGUAAUGGGAAGGCUUCUUGUGAGAGCAAAUACGUUUUCAUGUUCCAAAGCAGAGCUUUGUCUUCUGCAGCUCGACGAGACUCGUGUCAGCACUGCAGUGAGUUAAGGCGAGUGCUUGGGGUGAGCUGGGGGAAUACAACUCUUUUUGUCUCUGGUUUUUGUGGCACUGCAAACUUAGGAAUAGUGCCAGUUUCUGAAAUACUCGUACCAAACACCACAGCUUUAUUGUAGUUUUAGGAAGUGUUUAACUGUAAAAUAAACACCUGGACAGGUACCAUCGAAAUAAACUCCCAUCUGUUAUGAAUUUCCAGUGCGUGCGUGAUCAGUGAAACACUGCUGUUCAUAUGAGCUCCCUUCCAAAAGAUCAUUCCCCCCUUGCCGUUCUCUUGCCUGGCAGGGCCUGCUGGGAGCAGGGAGUGGAGGGACCCGCUGGGGACACGCAGGGCUGUUGGGAUGCAGCCGGCUGCGGAGCGGGCCGGUGCCGUCUGACACGAGCAGUGCCCGUAGCACUGGCGCGCUUGGGAGCACCAGUGUCCUCACUGUCUCCGGCCGCUCAGCAGGGCGGGUGCCUUCAAAGUCCUCCAAUAUGAGCAGGCGAACGGCUUUGUUUUCCAAACAUUGUGCUUGGACACGCCACUGGAAUUACUGACCCAUACUGCCCAACCAGUCUGUCGCUUGUGCACGUUAUCAGCGAGGGGGUCAGGGAGAAUGGCUUUUAGAAGCAGCUCACGUCCAGGAGCUGCUGCCAAGAGUUGACGAACAAAUGAUUAUUUUUUUUUUCCAUCACUGAAGUCUUCUGCCACUUGCGUGGGGUUUGGAAGCAGGGAGGCAGCCUGUGCAGAGGAAGGGUAUCUCGUAGGACCUGUUUUUCUCCUCUAGAGUUGUUGUCAAGUGAAGUGUAGCAGGAUGAGAUUACUCUUGUAUAGUACGUGUCUGUGAACUAACGGCAUCUGUUACUGGAAGCUAACUUACUGCAGCGGGGAAAAGAAGCAAUACCACUGCGUCGUGGCACUCUAGCUCAAUAAGGUGUACAGUUUGUACCUACCGACACCUCUUUGCAUGCAUCUCCUUCACAAUGCUUACUUCAGACUUUUUUAUCGUUCUUUGUGUUUUUACUCCAAGGUAAACUUUUACAUGCGGCUUGUUCUGUGUUUAGUUUUGUUCGUGUAAGAAAUUGUUUAACUCUAACUGACCACCAUACUUGUAAUUACGACGUGAUUGACUGAUAUUCCUGUACAAAUGUUGCUUUUUUAAAAUUAAUACAGUGCUGAUAUGGAUGGAUUACAUCCCAACUUAA